CGCACUCUCUCCAAUCACGCGCGCCACGGACCGCGGAGCCGCGAGCCAGCGAGCCAGUCAGCAAAGCGUUCCCUCAUUCCGCUUGGUCUUUUUCUCUCUGACCAGCUCACUCACUGUCACUCUCUCUCUCACACACGCACACACUGUUCAUUCUAAAACCGCAGGGACAUACACUUCGGCACUCUCUUUUGCGCGCUCUCUCUCUCGCGCGCGCGUUCGCUCACCUCUCUUUUUUCCGUUCCUCACUAGCGGCACGCGCAUCUGUCUCCGCUUCUGUACUGUACAGGAUGAACAAGAACGGUAGACUCCUGGGAGAGAGAGAGUAGAUGAGAAAACAAGGAACUAAAACAACAAAGGCAAGGUGAAACGAAGAGGGGAAAGAGGUUGAGGGGCAGAUGAAGGAGAGUUUGUGAAGCAUUUGGAUUUUACUGAUUUCAAGCCUCCAUCCAUCUAUUUCUGCUGGUGGAAAAGGACUCAGUUAAGUUGCAGGUGAUGAAUCUACUACCAGAUUGACUUGAGUCAUUUCUCUAGCGAGGGGAGUGGUAGAGCACCAGACCCCUGACCUCUCCUCAAUCCCCACUGGCUUCACGCUCCAGCUUGUGAGCCUCGGAGCCCUGGAUCUCUUGUCUCUCACCUCCCCUUUUUCCUCUGGACCUUGACGUGGGAACAGCACCGUAACAGACCGCCCAAUGCUGAGGAGGAACUGCCUGCUGCUGUUCCUGUGCUUCCUCUUUGAGCAGAGCUCCUGCGCUCCCUUCCAAAGCAGGCCAGGGCAAGAGUGGCCCCACAGCCAGACAGGGCCAUCAGCGGCAGGAAGUAAUGGAGGUUCCAGAGGAUUCCAGAGGGUCAAGAGGGGCUGGGUGUGGAACCAGUUCUUUGUGCUUGAGGAGUACAUGGGCUCGGACCCACAGUACGUUGGAAAGUUGCACACUGACUUGGAUAAAGGGGAAAGCUCAGUGAAAUACACUCUCUCAGGUGAUGGAGCUGGAACCAUCUUCACCAUCGACCAGAUCACCGGGGACAUACAUGCUUUACGCAGUCUGGAUCGAGAGGAGAAGCCUUACUACACACUACGAGCUCAAGCGGUGGACAUUGAUACUAACCGACCGCUGGAACCAGAGUCAGAGUUUGUCAUCAAGGUGCAGGACAUCAACGACAAUGAGCCAAAGUUCCUGGAAGGUCCGUACACGGCUAGUGUACCUGAGAUGUCACCUGUGGGUACAUACGUGAUGAAGGUGACGGCGACAGAUGCAGACGACCCUACGUACGGCAACAGCGCCAGGGUGGUAUACAGCAUACUUCACGGCCAGCCGUACUUCUCCGUGGAUCCCAAAACAGGAGUCAUCAGGACAGCUCUACCCAACAUGGACCGGGAGGUGAAGGAGCUGUAUCAGGUCCUUAUCCAGGCCAAAGACAUGGGAGGACAGUUAGGGGGUCUGGCAGGGACCACCACCAUCAACAUCACCCUGAGUGACGUCAAUGACAACCCACCCAGGUUCUCCAAAAGCAUCUUCCACCUGCGUGUACCGGAGUCAUCAGCAGUCGGGUCAGCAGUUGGCCGAAUCAAAGCUCAUGAUCUGGACAUUGGAAAGAAUGCAGAGGUGGAAUACAACAUCGUCCCUGGAGAUGGAGGAGCCAUGUUUGAUAUCACAACCAACGAGCACAAUCAGGAGGGAAUCAUCAUGCUCAAAAAGCCGUUGGACUAUGAGACCAAAAAAGCAUACACAUUUAAAGUGGAGGCCUCCAAUGCACACCUGGAUCCACGGUUCCACAAUUUUGGCCCGUUCAAAGACACAGCGACAGUGAAAAUAAAUGUUCUGGAUGUGGAUGAGCCUCCCGUCUUCAGCAAACCCUCCUACGCGAUGGAUGUUUAUGAGGACACACCACAAGGCACCAUUAUAGGAGCCGUGACAGCACAGGAUCUCGAUGCAGGAAACAGUCCAGUCAGGUAUUCUAUCGACUGGAAGAGUGACCUGGACAGCUUCUUCGACAUCGAUCCUGUCAGAGGAACCAUCUCCACCAACGAGCUUCUGGACAGGGAGAGUAUAGCCCAACACAACAUUUCAGUCGUGGCCACUAAAGUUAAUAACCCAGUGCUGACCAGCAGAGUGGCCGUCACAGUUCAUGUGCUGGACAUUAAUGAGUUUCCACCAGAGCUGUCCAUGCCUUACGAGACCUUCGUGUGUGAGAGCGCCAAAGUCGGGCAGGUGAUUCAGGUCAUCAGUGCAAGAGACCAGGAUCUUCCUCAAGCCGGACAAAGAUUUUCCUUCAAAUCCCCUCAAGAGGGAGUGAAGACCAAAAACUUCACCGUCAGAGACUUUGGAAAUAAUACUGCCGGUGUGGUGACUCUGCGUGGCGGCUUCAAACGGCGCUCUCAGGAAAUCUACCAUCUUCCUGUGGUGAUUGAAGACGGUGGCCUCCAGACUUUGAGCAGCACCAGCACCCUCACCAUCCGCGUGUGCGGCUGUGACACCGAUGGAUCUUUAUUAACGUGCAGCGCUGAAGCCAUUUUCCUCCCUGUGGGCCUCAGUACUGGAGCCCUGAUCGCUAUUCUGGUGUGCAUCGUCAUACUGCUGGUGAUCGUGGUUCUCUACGUUGGGGUUAGGCGGCAGAAGAAGAAAGAGACUCUCAUGACAUCCAAAGAGGACAUCCGUGACAAUGUCAUCCAUUACGACGACGAAGGAGGGGGCGAGGAGGACACGCAUGCCUUCGACAUGGGCACCCUUCGCAACCCCAAAGUCAUCAAGGAAAACCUGUUUCGCCGAGACGUUAAGCCAGAGUUGGGUUUGUGUCCACGGCGGCCAAUAGGCUCGCAGAACAGCGCUGACAUCAGCAACUUCAUCAGCCAGCGACUGCAAGAACACGACGGUGACACUUCCGCCCCGCCGUACGACUCGCUGGCCACGUACGCCUACGAGGGCGAGGGCUCGGUGGCCGAGAGUUUAAGCUCUAUAGAGUCUGGAAAGGGCGAAAUGGAGGAGGACUAUGAUUACCUCAACGAGUGGGGGCCUCGCUUCAAAACCCUCGCAGGGAUAUUCGGAGAACGAGCAGAGAGCCAAUCAGACUUCGCCUUGAUUUCACGCUCACAACGAGAGGAUAAAGGAAGCCAGGAUAAAAUGCAGCCUUUGGAUUAUCUGUAAAUGAAUGUUGGAGCUUUGUUUCGUCACCCUUCUUAAGGAUGAAAGGCGUCGCUAACCGAAGUUGACCGUGACCUGGAUUUCGAGCUUCGGUGGAAAGAGUUUUGAGGAGGAAAUGUCUACAUGGGCCUCAUUUGGCCAAAGAUAUUUUUUGAAUGUUAUUUAUGAUUCUAUUUAUUUAUUUGUGAGGCUGUUGAGACGGGUUGUAACGUUUUGUUAUGUAUUUAUCUAUUUAUCAUGAUUUCAAAUCGAAUAUGAAUUUCUUAUUUUUUUGAAGACACAAGGAUUUUCAUAAUUAUUUGCUCCUCACGAGGACAUGGACGUUGUAGUCCCAAGAGGAACUUGUAUAGACUUGUAUUUGUUGUAAAAAAAAAAAAAAACUUUAGGGCUAAACAUGAGCUAUUACAGUUGAGUCCUGUAAUAAACACAGUUUUCUUAAAUAAACACCACUUGGAAAAAAAAUAAAUCACUGCUUGAACAUGUUCCAGGUUUUUGUACACUCGUAAAGUUCCAUGAAGAACCAACAUUCAUGGAACCUUUCCAUUGCACAAAAUGUUCUUUUAUAGUGGAAAAAUGUUCUUUGUAUUAUUAAAAAUCUUUUUCACAGAGAAAAAAAAAAAAAAAAAAAAGGUUAUUUUAACAAUUGUUCAAUGAAAUGAACCCAUCACUGCAAAAACCUUUUGGAGUCUUUAUUUUUAACAGAAUAGAAACCAAAGAUCCAAUUUAGGCCUGCCCCCAAUGCCUUAAU